CUUCUAUUACUUCUUUAUCAUCUACCCCGUCUUUGUCGUCUGUCAUCAAUUUCAACAUCAAUGGCGGCAAUAGCUCAGCAGCUCCUCAACCCAGUUGUUGUCUUCUACAUUUCCUUGUUCUUUCUCUCUAUGAAUUCCAUAGUUGUCAUAGUCAAUUCUGCCGCCGACACCACCUUCACCCCAAGUGACAAUUACCUGAUCGAUUGUGGUUCUUCUUCCACCUCCAACCUUCACAACGGUAAAACCUUCAAGUCAGACAAGCAAUCUACUUCUUACCUUUCCACCAAGAGCGAUAUUCAGGUAGCCGUCCCUUCCGCAGACGUGCCUUCUCCUAUUUAUUUAACGGCAAGGAUCUUCGUGGAGGAAUCCACCUAUGUCUUCCGCAUGGUUCGCCCUGGUUGGCAUUGGAUCCGUCUCCAUUUCUUCCCCAUGGAAAACUCUGAAUUCGACCUUACCCACUCGGUUUUCUCCGUGGAAACCGAUGAUGUUGUCCUCCUCCACAGCUUUAGUAUCACCAACAAAACCACAUGGAUUAUGAAGGAGUACCUCCUCAACGUCACCACUGAGCGUGUCACCCUCAGGUUUUCCCCAUUACGUAACUCUGCUGCUUUCAUCAAUGCCAUCGAAGUUGUUUCCGCACCCGACAGCCUUAUCUCCGACGUAGGCUCCUCCAUUGUCCCCAUUGGCGAAUUCACCGGCCUCUCCACCCAUUCGUACCAGACCUUGUACCGCCUCAACAUGGGUGGCGCCACCAUCACUCCCAAUAACGAUACGCUCGGCCGCACCUGGGAGCCUGACCUCCGCUACCUCAUGGCUAGGGGCCUUGCCAAGACCGUUUCUGUCGCUCCCAGCAUCAUCACCUACCCCGAAGGCGUCUCCCCCUUGAUCGCACCUAAUUUGGUUUAUGCCACCGCCAUAGAGAUGGCCGAUGCCCGCGUUACCAAUCCAAACUUUAACGUCACUUGGAGAUUUGACAUCGAUCCAGCCUUUGGCUACGUUCUCCGCCUCCAUUUCUGCGACAUUGUCAGCAAGGCCCUCAAUGACCUUUACUUCAACGUCUACAUCAACGGCAAGAUGGCAAUCUCCGCCCUAGACUUGUCCUCCAUCACCGGCGACCUGGCUGUUCCAUACUAUAAGGACAUCGUCGCCAACGCCUCUGUGCUGUCGGAUAAGCUGAUGAUCCAAAUUGGCCCAAUCAACCAGGAAACCGGCUCCGUGAAUGCCAUCCUCAAUGGAUUGGAGGUCCUAAAGAUGAGCAACUCUGUAGGGAGCUUGGACGGGGAGUUCGGGGUGGACGGAUCCAAGUCUUCCUCCGCAGGGACGAAGGGGACAGUUGCAGCGGUCGGGUUUGCCAUGAUGUUCGGAGCGUUCGUGGGGUUGGGCGCUAUGGUAAUCAAGUGGUACAAGAGACCCCAAGACUGGGAGAGGAGGAACAGCUUCUCAUCAUGGCUGCUACCACUCCAUGCCGGCCACUCCAGCUUCAUGACCGGUAGCAAGAACUCUGGUGGAUCCCAAAAAAGUGGGUAUGGCAACUUCUACUCCUCCACUUUGGGAUUGGGUCGCUACUUCUCCUUCGCGGAGCUUCAAGAAGCGACGAAGAACUUCGAUCAGAACGCAGUGAUCGGUGUGGGAGGAUUCGGCAAUGUCUACAUAGGGGUGUUAGAUGACGGGACCCAGGUGGCUGUGAAGCGAGGGAACCCUCAAUCAGAACAAGGGAUCACAGAAUUCCAGACGGAGAUCCAAAUGCUGUCGAAAUUGCGGCAUAGGCAUCUAGUGUCCCUGAUCGGCUACUGCGAUGAGAACUCGGAGAUGAUACUGGUGUACGAGUACAUGUCCAACGGACCAUUGAGAGACCACCUGUACGGGAAGAACUUGCCGCCGCUGUCCUGGAAACAAAGGUUAGAGAUAAGUAUAGGAGCUGCGAGAGGGCUACACUACCUGCACACAGGAGCGGCGCAAGGGAUCAUACACAGAGAUGUGAAGACCACUAACAUCUUAUUGGAUGAAAACCUAAUCGCCAAAAUGGCAGACUUUGGGCUAUCGAAAAAUGCACCCACCAUGGAGCAGACUCAUGUGAGCACAGCUGUAAAGGGUAGUUUCGGCUACCUGGACCCAGAAUACUUCAGGAGACAACAGCUCACAGACAAGUCUGAUGUGUACUCAUUUGGGGUUGUACUGUUCGAAGUGCUGUGCGCGAGGCCUGCCAUUAACCCAGCACUCCCUAGGGAACAAGUGAACCUGGCAGAGUGGGCGAUGCAAUGGAAGAGGAAGGGGUUGUUGGACAAGGUGAUUGACCCUCAUCUAGUUGGGGUGAUCAACCCAGAGUCGAUGAAGAAGUUUGCUGAGGCUGCAGAGAAGUGCUUGGCGGAUUAUGGUGUGGACAGGCCAUCCAUGGGAGAUGUGCUUUGGAAUCUGGAGUAUGCAUUACAAUUGCAGGAAGCUUCUUCCCAAGCGAAGAAGGAUGAGGAAAACAGAGCUGCGGCGGAAGCUGCAACAGCCGCUGCUCCGUCCCCUAGGGCGGUUAUCCCACCAAUCCCAACUACUGCAGAUGUAAAAGCAAAUGCAGAUCAUCGGAGUACCGGAGGAGACGACGACGACGACGAACCAGCUGCACAGGUACAUGCCAUUAGUGAGGAUUCAGGAACUGCAAUGUUUGCUAAGCAACUAACGGAGAUCAACGGUCGUUAAUUCCCUAAUUUAUUUAUGUAUUAAUGGAUACAGAUACACACUCAUCAAUCA